UCUCAAUUUAUGUCGUUGCACCUACAUAUGCAUCGAGCAGGCAUGUACUCCUCCUCCUCGUCUCCUCUGCUCGAUAUGCUUGCUUGCUGCUAGAGAGAGAGGGACAGGGGCAGAGAGAGGGCCGUGUUUCCAUUAAUGCCGCAGCCUGUCUUUACUCAUUUGGUAGCCGGGGGACUUGAAUGCCCCUCCCCACCCGCACCGCACCACCGGAGCCGAGCUCGCCCGCCCGCUGCAUAAAGUUGGACGCCUCCCCCGUCCCUCCAUUUCAUUCCACUCCAUCGCAUCCCCUCUCUUCUACCUCCAUGCUCCUCCUUGCAGAGCGAUGGCGAGGAACUCCCAGAGGAGGAGGGUGAAAUGGUCACUAUGAUGUUGGCUCGACUCACUCAGACCACGCCGGCCGGCCGGCCGGAGCCAUCCGCGGCGGUGGUUCUGAUUGAGCCGUGCCAAUAUCUUAGUGAUCUUUCAUGCAUGCAUGCGUUCGUUCCGUUCGUCGUUGCGCGGCCGCAUAUGGCGCCGCGCCUCGCUAGCCCCUCCGCCAUGGUGCCGGUCGGCCAGUACACCGUCCUCACCUGCGCUACAGGCAUGAACACGUUUGCCUUGUGUGCAUGCGAUCUAUGUGUUCAUCCUCUGGACGUGCAAGCUAGGCUGGUGAUUCGCCGCCGAUAUAGAUGUUGGGUAACCUCCCAAGAAGGGUUGGAGCAACGCACAGAGAAAUGUACAAAACUUCACCGCUUCUGCGUGCACCGCCCCAGACAAGUUCAGUUUCGAGGUCCUCCCUUCAGAAGUUCAGAUGGUUGCUGUUUGAACAUGCAUGUAGUGUGUGUGACAUGCUUGCACGCGUACGUGCUCCAAUGUUUUGUGUACACAACAUUGUCUUUCAUAAAAGAUGAUACUCCUGAGUCUGAGUGUAUGUUCAUGGAAAACUGACCAAAUCUUUGCUUCAACCA